CAAUGGUUUAAUCGCGUUCAAUCGUCAUCGAUCAUGUUCGAUUGUUGACACCUAGGCUAUUGUGCAAUUUUCCGAAGAACACAUCAGUCCGGUGUUAAGGUUGAAGUGUUUAGCGUCUGGUGAGGCUCGCUCCUAAGGAGGGCGGGGGGAGGAUAGAGUAAAUAAAUGUGUCUUACAUAUAAGUGAACAUCAAUUCUGGAGUAUCAUUAUGAAAUGUCAGUCGGGAGUGGUUCCAAUAGAAAUGUUAUUAAAAUUACUUUGUGUGUGCUGGCUAUCGGUGUGCGUGCUUUCCGCGCCACCCACGGAUGAAGUCCCGUCGGAAAGACAACAACCGACAGUGAUACCUAUUCUUACACAAUCUGAGGAAUUUGACGCCGAUGGAAAAUAUAAAUUUAGUUACGAAACCGGGAAUGGUAUCAAACGUGAGGAGACGUCAUUUGACAAAGUUGUAGAAGGCAAAGCUGAGCACAGACACAGUGACUGCAGCAACGAAGGUGGUGAAGAUGAGGACAGUGGAGAAAUUCAUGUACAAAAGGGAUCCUACUCUUACACUGCACCAGAUGGCACCGUCGUCAGCGUAUCGUAUAUUGCGGACGAAAAUGGAUUCCGACCGACUGGUGAACAUAUUAACUUGGGACCAAAAAGGGUCGAGACCUUCAGCCACACAAAAAAACAUAAGUUUUCACAAGAACAUGAGGACAGUGAAGAAAAUAAGUCCAAAGCUAUUCAUGCAAAGAAAUUAUUGGCAGAAAACUCAGAGUCAGGAUCAUUUGAAGACGUAUCACCACCUCAUGGCGAAUUUGCAAAAAAAAUCUCCAAAGAAAGGACACAAAUGGCUAUUAAACCUAAAACGGUAGUUGAAGAAAGUAACAAAGAAAAAGAUAAAAACACACUUGCUAAGAAAGGCAAAAAGCCCGGUUCAGAUGCCCCUGAGAUGCUCGUUGCGGAAGAAGAUGAUUUAACUAACAGUAAUCAAGCACUUCAGAAAAAAAAGAAUCUUCCCGAAAAUCGUAAUGAAGCGACACUAGCCGAUAAUAAACAAAUUAAAAAAGUUUCUAUCAAUAAGGAUAUAAAAAACAACGGUACCGUUAUAUCUAAAGAUAAUAAGACUGUUGAACAAAACGAAGAACAACAAGCUACAAAUUACAGUAAAAACUCUUCAGCUGACAAAAGUAAAAUUGUAGCAGGUGACAAAGAUAUAAAACCUGUAGUUAAAGAAGGAGAAAAGCUAGGUAACAAAACAAAAGAAAACUUUGUUGCCGAUGAUGGCAAAGAAUCACUUAGUAAAGGAGUAGAAAAACACUUAGCCAAAGAUAUGGAAAAGCCUACAACCAAAGAAACAGAAAAGUCAGAACCCACACAGGAUACCCCCAUUUCUAAGGAAGGGGAAAAGACUGAAACAAAACAAAAUGAAAAGACAGUAAAAAAAGAACCUGUUGAACUUGCUGCUGCUAAAGAACUAGGAACGCAAGGUAUUGAGAAAGGAAUAGAUAAUGCACCCAAACAAAAUGAACAGUCAGGUGUACAGCAAGAAGAAAAGGCUGGUCUGAAAAAAGGAGAAAAACCAAUUACCAAAGAAAAUGAAAACGUUGGUCCCAAUGAUAACAAAAAAUCUAACAUUAAAGAAGGAGAAAAAAAUGUGGUAAAGGACGGAGAACAGCUUCUACCCAAAGAUGGAGAGAAGCCGGUUCUUAUGGAACGAGAAAAGUCUGCCCCCAAAGAAGGAAAAACUCUUUCACCCAAAGAAGGACAAAACGUCGGUGACAAGCAAGAAGAAAAUCCAGCUGGUAAAAAAGAAAACAAGGAAAAGCCAGUAGUCGAAGAAGGAAAAAAGACUGCCCCAAAUGGAGGCGAAAAACCAGGCCCAGCAGCAAAAACAAGUCCUGAGUCCAAAGUAGAAGAAAAACAUAUUGAUAAGGAAGGAGAAAAGUCUGCUGCUAAAGAAGAAAAGAUACCUGUUAAAGGAAAUAAACCUGUUGUUGAGGAAAAUGAAAGAUCAGUUAAAGAAGACGAAAAGCUUAUUCCAAAAGAUGAAGAAAUCCUACCCACUAAAGAAGAGAAAAGUCCUACUUUAGAAGGCAAAAAGUUUGCUUUCAAGGAAGAAAAAACCCCUACCCUUCAAAAUGGAAAUAAACCUGUGGCCAAAGAAGGAGAAAAGGCUAUUGUUAAAGAAAGUGAGAAGUCUUCUUCUAAAAAUGGGGAAAGUCCAGCUUCCAAAGAUGACAAAAAGCCUGCCCCAAAAGGUCAAAUGUCUGCUAAAGAAGAAGGAGAAAACACUGUGGCUCAAGAAGAAAAAAAGCCAACUGUUGAAAUAGAAAAAAAGCCAACGGUUAAACAAGAAAAACAGCCAGCAGUUAAAGAAGAAGAGUCUGUUGAUAAAAACAGUAACAAAAUAACUGAACAAGGAGAAAAGACGGCUCCCAAAGAAGAAAAUCAAACUUUGAAAGAAAAAGAAAAGCCUGUCUCCAAAGUAGAUCAAAAGACUGCUGAUAAAGAAGAUGAGAAGCCUCCAUCUAAAAAUGGUAAAAGCACAGCCUCCAAGGAAGAAGAAAAACCUACCACUAAAGGUCAAAUGUCUGCUAUCAAGGCUGAAGAAACCCCUACUGAAAAAGAAGGAGAAAACCCUGUGGCUCAAGAAGAAAAAAAGCCAGCAGUUAAAGAAGAAAAGUCUAUUGUUGAGGAAGGAGAAAAAUCUGUUAAUAAAAACGGCAACGAAAUUACUGAAAAAAGAGAAAAGUCGGCCCCCAAAGAAGAAAAACAAGCUUUUACAGAAAAUACAAAGCCUGCCGCUAAAGAAGAUCAAAAGCCUGAUGAUAAAGAAGGAGAAACGGUUAAUCCUAAGAAAGGAGAAACGGUUAAUCCUAGUUUUGAGAAAUCAGAGAAGCCAGCUCCCAAGGAAGGAAAAAAGGAAAUUAUCAAAGAAGGAAACAAAUCAACAGCUAGUAAUGAGCCAGCUUCAAAGAUAGGAGAAAACUUAACUGGUGAUAACGUAGAAAAAUCUGUAGAUAAGCAAAAUAAAAAGCCUGCCUCAAACAAAGGAGAACAACAGGCAGACAAAGCUGCAGCCCAAGAAAUUGAAAAGUCUGCUCCCGAGGGAGAAGAAAAGCAAGCUAGUAAAGAAGGUGGCAAACCUAGUAUGGCAGACAAACUGCAAGUUACAGAACCCAAUAAGACAAAAGAAGAAAACUCUUUAUCUGAAGGCCCAAUUGAAUUACAAAAAGAACCUGAAAACACAGAAAAAAUAUCACAAAAAGCGGUUCACGUAGCAAAAGAAGCUAAGAAAUCCGCUAAUGGAGCAGUCCAGUCAGCUAUGGAAGCUUUAAAAACCGUAGAAAAAGUAAUUCAAACUAUUAAAGAGCAGAAUGCGAAGGAAGGUACAUCGUCUAAAAAUAAUGCAACCGUAGCACAUGCUCUAAUUGCCAAAAACGCUGCCCAAGAAGCAUUACAGGCAGCCCAAGCAGUUGGUACUGCUGCUGAAACUGCAGAAAAAGCCGCUAAAGAAGCUAUAUCUUUGGCUCAAUCACUACCAACACCCUCGGAAAUCAUUUCACAAAAUAACGAACAUCUCCUGGAUGUACUAAAGAUUGAAAAUCCUACAAAGAAAAUUGAGAAUCCAUCUAUUGAUAGUGAAAAACCUGAAGAACCCGAUUACAAAGUCAAACCAAUGGAAACACCUAAAAAAGAAUCGAAAUCUGCAGACGAUGUGCGUGAACCUAAAGCUGCGUAGCUAGCAUAAAAGUAUAGUAAAGUACAAGUACGUAUAAUAAAUAAGAACUAUUGUGAAUUUCGUAAGUGUGGAUUAAAAACGAAGCCAAACCCUACCCGGAGCCAGAAAUGUGAUAUGGAUGAACUGUUAAUUAGUUUUAAAAUAAUAUUUCAUAAAAUUUUCUAAGUCAAUGAUAUAGUUUGUGUUGUUAAUGUUUAAUUUAAUAUUACAAAAUAAACUUUUGUUAAUUUAAAAAAAA